AUGCUUCCCAUGAAUUACAAUCCAGUUCCAAAUAAACCACUCGCCCCAAGCUAUGGUGUCAUGGAUUAUGCCCAGCCCGUUUAUUCACAAAAGGAGGUUGAUGAUUUGAAUUCCGAGAACAUGAAGCUUCAACAAGAGAUCGAUGGGUUACAAGAACAGAUUAAGAAACAGAAAGUCCAUCCCAUCAACUUUACACCACCCUCGAUCAAGUUAGAGAUCACUCCAAAGAUCUAUCGGUUUCGACACUUUGUUAUCAAAUUAACGAUCGACCCGAGUUUUGGGAUUCAAUACACGGGAGAAGAAGUGUUGCAAGCAAUCACCAAAGCCAAGAUCAAGCGUGAGAACGACACUUCAAAGACAAUUACAACGUGUUGGUGUUCGUCGAAUAAAGAAAUCAUCGAAGUCGCAACAUCCAAUCAAGCCACCAUUGGCCCUUAUAAAACAGAAGAAGGGUUGUCUUAUGUAUUGGACCAAUGUAGAAGUCAUUGCACCAGCUCUCGUGAUCAUCACCAUGGAAGGUUGGUGUUAGUCAUCGACCAAUUACCAGGACUCCCCCCUCUUGUCUCAAAUGGCUUUGAAUUGUGUGCGCGAGUCAAAGGAAGUCUUCCAGAAGAAGUCAACCCAUUCACUAAAGAACAAUUGAUUCAACCAACUCCAAAUGUUAGAGAGAAGCAUCGUGUAGAUCUCCAAUAUGAUUCCGUCGAUUUGUUAUUCUCUGCUGUCUUUGUGUUCUCAACAGCUUUUCCUACACAACAAGAGUCUAAUCACGCUAUUGGACAAGUUAUCAUUUUCUUGAAAAGCACAGAAGGCUUUGUCAAUUGCUUUAAUGUCGAUUCGUGUGGAAUGUAUGUCGUUUACUGUUAUUACUCGACUUACUUACUCAGUUGUAACGCAUCGGUAUUGAUUAAAGCUUAUCUCAGUAACGAAAGACCAAACUUCUUGAACAAAGAUAUCCACCUCUCUGGAGAAGUAAGACUUCUCGCAGUCAGUCUGUAA